AUGAAAAUAAAGACUACUGCCUAUUUCGUUGAUCACGAACAUCAUAUUGAACGUGAAAAUACUCGUUUAAGUGACGAUUUUCAUCUAGACGAAUAUAAAGAUCAACAAGAAAAUUUUAAAAACGACGACGAAGAUAACGACGAAAUGAUGGCCGAUGAUAAAUCAAUGGAUAAAGCAGCAACAACAAUUCAAGCAACUUAUCGUGGUUAUAAAAUACGAAAAGAAUUGGUUACAGGUGAAAAACCAGGCAGUGAACAACAAAAAGAGGGUGGACAACAAGAAUACGAACAAGAAAGAAAUAAAAAUAUUUUGUCACCAUCUGCUGAAGGAAAUAAACUUCAAACAGGCGAGGAUGCUGCAGCUGCUGUCGUUAUACAGGCUGCCUAUCGAGGUUAUCGUGUACGAAAAGAUCUUGAUAAAUAA